GGAAAAGAGAAACCACUAUAACCACUUUAAACAAGGAGCAGCCAUUAAGGGAAGGGUACUAUUAUUCAGACAGGGAAAUUUUAGACUGAGAGACCAAUCAGUGAAGUAACACUAAUGACCCAUGAGGUGGUAACUGCAGACAGAGUAAUAUGUAGGAGAUGUGAUUAAGGGAGGGGAGUGUGAGGGAGAGGGAGGAGUGCAGUUCGUAAGUAAAAGAACAGGCUGACUGGAAAGUUUACAAAGAGUGAAUUAGGGACUUGGCAGACUGAUGGGAGUAAGGCAAGGUUGCAGCUUCCCAUACAGAGUCACACAGACUGACAAACAGCCCGGAGGAGGGUGAAGUGUGAGGGGCCGACAUGUCUGGGACUCGCCGGCCGAGUCUGCUCUCAGGAUCGCAGGGGACCACAGCAGGAUACACUGGACUUUCCAAUAUGUUUAGGACCACGCAGACCUGGAGAUCCCCAGUGAACCCUACCAACAGCAGCAUCCCUGGCCCCGAGCUCAAGAGUGGGCUGGUUCCAGGUCUGAUUGCAGCCACAAUCUUCAUUAUGUUCCUGCUCUGCCUGUAUGCAAUACUGUGGCGGUGCAUGGUGUCGCAGGCAAACAGGCACAACAAGCGGCACAGGAAGAAGCCGCCUCCCACCAGCCAGAAACCUCACAAGCCCCUUUGUGCUGUGUGACCUUAUCAUUCUGUGAAUGGAAAAUAGGAUUGUUGGGUCCUGGACUUUCAUGCUACUGAGAAACCUUCACACCAGCACAAACUUCAUCAGAAUGGCACUGCUUCAUUCCAUGGCACCUACCGCAAUAUUAUUGCACUCUUUCACGUUCUAGGAUUUCCCUUAAAGAGGAUUAAAGUUUUAUAUAUAUAUAUUUUUUUUUUCUCCAGGAAGCAGAAAACAGUAUUAAUUUGGUUGGUGGCAAGGGCAGUUUCCAGAAAGACUGCAGAUCAUUGCACCUUAUCACCGGAGACUGAUUCUGUGUUAUAAAUAAAGACUUGGUUUGUAAACUGUGUACUCCCUUUGGACCCAUCCAUUUGACUAAAAUGGUUUAUGGCCUCUAAUACCCAAGGUACACUACGUGUAAUAGCUUAAAGUUCUUCAGAUGUCCUACAGCCAAUGAAUGUGCACAACUGGCACUUGCCUCAAAGCCUACUUAGAAAUGAGAAUAAGCAAUCCGGUGGGAGCUACAGAUGGAAGUGUUGCAACAAACAGUUGGUUCCACUUGCUGCAUUUCAGGUUACACUUUGUAUGCUUCUGUUUGAAACAUUUGCACAAGGUAUGUACUAACAACUGUUGCCUGUAUCAGUCUAGCUGCUGUUAAACUACAAAUCAUUGAUCCAGGAGGCAUAGAGACACUUGUGGCUCUUCAGCUGGUCUGCAAUGAGCCCCCAUACAUUAGCUAACUGGAGAUGGAGUUGGAUAUACUAACAUUGGUGAUACACUAGUUCAGUUACGCACAUAUGUUAGUAAAUCAGCUCUAAGGACUGAUUUACUAACAUAGGUGUUUAAAGGGGAUGUAAAAUGCCUAUAUAGAUCCUUAGCUCUAAAUUAAAAAAUGUUGUAUUAUAUGUCAGAUAAAUAUUUAGUACCUGUUUUGAGAUGCAAGUGAUCGUUUCUGUAGCUUACUCUUCUCUUCCUUGAUGGCAAUCCCCCCCAACGUGUGAUUUAUUAUAUUAUUGGCAGCCCCUCUGAUGCUUAACUGUUACACAGGGGUCAGUGGUGUUCUGAAAUUGCUGCCCCCGAGAGUGCCAGGGAGUAGGAUGGCAAGCGGCCGCUGAACUUCAAGGGGGAAUGUCAUCAAGGGAGAGAAAAACAAGCCGCAGAAACAAUCGCUUGUAUCUCAGGUACAAUAUUUUUAACAGAUGUAUAUUACAAAGUUUUAUAAUUCUGUGCUAAGAAUCUAUAUAUGUAUUCUACAAAGAUGACUUUACUUCCCCCUUUAAUCAUAGGUCAGUAACCUAAGUAAUAUAUCCAGGUUUAUGUACACUGUAGCCAAUGCACAGGAUAAAACACUGUUGUAUGAAUGAUUGAGUGAGAGAUGUUUGGAGCAUGUAAAUAAUAGCAUAAUAAUAGUGUUGCGGUCAACCUUAAAAGACUACAGAAUAACACUGUUUCUGCAGGGGGUUGUUGACGAGUACUUUUUCCAAAUAAAAUUGUGCAAAAUGAUUAGCAUCAAUUCGAAACUGUAUUUCUCCUAAAAUAGAAAUGACAUUUAUGUCUAAAUGGAAAGGAUGUUUAUACAUAUGUAGAAAUGAUGUGUAUAUAGCUGUAAUAAUGGGCAUUCUUGCCAGCUACUGCUUCAAGUGAUAUGAGUGACAGUCGGUUCCAUAAUAAACUGUACAAAAUACAACUGCAGAAACUCAACUCUCCUGUCAUCCCUUAUACUUAUCGGUUAUUCUUGAAUAAAUCUCUAUGCUUUUUA